UUCUCUCUCAUCUCAUGAGUCAUAAGGUCUCACUCUCCUAUAUUAACUCAACUCCUUUUCUUAGCUGCCACUUCACUUUCCUUCCUUCAAUUCUCUCUAUCAUUAAACCAUUGCUUCAUUUUUCUUCUCAUAGCAAUUUUUGGAAAAUUCACAAAUGGGAAGGCACUCAUGUUGUUACAAGCAGAAGCUUAGGAAAGGUCUAUGGUCACCAGAAGAAGAUGAAAAACUACUGAGGCAUAUAACAAAGUAUGGUCAUGGAUGUUGGAGUUCAGUACCUAAGCAAGCAGGUUUGCAAAGAUGUGGUAAGAGCUGCAGGCUUAGGUGGAUCAAUUACUUAAGACCUGAUUUAAAAAGAGGAACAUUCUCACAAGAGGAAGAAAAUCUCAUUGUUGAACUUCAUGCAGUUCUGGGGAAUAGAUGGUCUCAAAUUGCGGCGCAAUUGCCGGGGAGGACUGACAAUGAAAUAAAGAAUCUAUGGAACUCUUGUUUGAAGAAGAGACUGAGGCAAAAAGGUAUAGAUCCUGUGACUCAUAAACCAUUGUCUGAGGUUGAGAAUAAUGGAGAGGAAAAUGCUAAUAAGAGUCGAGAGAAAGCACCAGAUAUAUUAUUAUCCAAUGAAUUGAACCUUUUGAAAUCAGAGAGUUCAAAGUCAGAUGCAGCUUCUAGCUAUGAGCAAAGAACAACAUCUUCAAUUUCACCAAAAGCAUAUGCAAUGGAAAUGGAAGGUUCUUGCAACAAAGAGUUUUUCAUAGAUAGGUUCAUUCAACCCUCAGAUUUGAUGGGAAAUUUUCCACUUCAAAUGAGUUAUGCAAACACUGAAAAUGAUUGUUUACCAAAUGAUUCAAACACUAGUAGUAAUCAUUGGUUUAACCAAACUGGAAAAUCUUUUGAUAUGAAUUCUGAUCAGUUUCAUUUCAAUCCCACAACAACAUCAACAACCAUGUUUCUUCCUAAUUCUUUUUGCUGCAACAAUUCACUUGAUAUUCCCUCUGACAAUGUUUCUACAGAGAUGAGAACUAGCAGCAGCAGCACCUUAAACUUACAUAACAACAAUUUUUCUUCUUGGGGAGGAUUGAUGGAAAAUCAUACAGAAGAAGCUAAGUGGGAAAAUAAUAAUAGUAACUACUUUCAAAACCCUAUCUUAAUGCUUGCUUCUGAAUCUUUAUGCAAUGAGAUAAAGCCUCCAUUGAUGAACUUUGUACCAGAUAGUUUUGGAGGUAUUUUACCUCAUACAAAGCAAGAACAAGAACAGUCACAAACAACUUCUAAUAUCUUUUCCAAGGACAUUCAGAAACUAAGAGAAGCUUUUGGAGAUAUGUGAACAUGAUUGUGGAAAAAAGAGAACAGUGUGAAGAUUUUUAGAGGUGGUGUUGUUUUUUCUUUAGUACAGGUGUGUGAAACCACUGAUUUUUCUCUUGUAUAUAGGUAUGUGAAUCUGAUACCAAAAAAAAAAAAAGCAAUUUGUUUUUCACUUUCACCCUUUUUGCUUUGUUGAUAUUUGUGAGCCAACUACAUUUUUUUCUUCUAUGAGUGUGGGGUAGAAUUGGUGAAUAAGGAUUUGUUUGUUGUUUUCUUUUUACAUAAUCUUUCAUUUAUACACUGUAACAUCAUUGAUGAAUUUCUAUAUAGUAUAUACAAUCCAUCACAUAUAUUUAUUGGUUCA